UUUAUUCUAAUCUGUCAUUUUUUUCUUAGGCAUUUAUUAGUCCUCAAAUGCCGAGCAAGCAAAUAUUCCGCGGAAUUAUUUUAUUUUUAAUUUUAAGAAUUACAGAAGGAAAUAGACAUUUUUAUUUGUUGCUAAAAAGAAGAAAUUGUAGAUAGAGGAAGCGAGUGAGAAAGUGGGUUUAAAAGUGAAAGUGAUUUUAAUAUUUAUUAUUAAAAUGUCAUGCGGUACAAUUUGAAUUGUCAAUAUUUUGACAGAUAUUGUCAAAUGUUUUUGGCCCAAAAAUACCCACUCGCAAUUGGACGCUUCUGGUCUUAGACGUCCAUAAGUUCAGCGCCAUCAUUCCAUUUGCAGUCGGCCAUUGAUAUUUCUCGUAGGGGCAAUUAGACAAUUGUCCACCAUUGUUGUGUACAUUUUUUGAGGUGUUCGACGCCAUAUUUAUUGUCGGUUUUCUGGCCCCAAAACACUCCGGAUUGGAUUUGUAACAUCUCUGGGGCCCAAAAAACUUGUCCAUUUGGUGCUUUUGGGGGGGCACUCUGUGUGUCUGGGGACGGCGUCAUUUGACACAUUUGUCCCCUUUGGUGAGAGACCCCUUUCGGUCAAAUUGAUCAACCAAAUAAAUUUUUACGGUAAAUCCUCCUUUUUUUGAGAGAGAGAAAAACAAUAAACACACUGACAGAAAAGAAACCCAGAGCCCCAAAUCAUAUUCCUCCCAUUCUGCUGCGGAUGACGUCAAUUGGUGGAUCAUAGAGCCACGCAUCCUGGCACCAGAGGACACCACAGAACAAAAAAGAAUCAAAGUUCUUUCCAAUCGUGUCUAAAAUCUAUCUUCAAGGAGAUUCUCUCAGAAAUCAUUGGUAAAUAGAGAGAGUUCCGUGAACCCUUUUUUUUAAGAAUAAAGUGAAAAAGACUAAUUAAGAGAAAAGUAAAGUAAAGUUAAAAAGAAAAAGAAAACAGAAUGAGCAAUCAGGAUAUAAUGUGUGAAGUUGAGAUUUCUGACUCAAACAUUGUUGAAGUGGUUGAGGCUGAUUUUAAUGAUAUUGGUGUCAACUACGAAGACUACGAAGUCAGCGUUGGUGAUGAGGCAUAUGAGGAAGUAACGUGCGAAACUGAAGAUAGUCAGGGUCUUCUAAUGCAGAACAUUGACGAUGAGGAAGUUAUAAUGCACACAGAUUCCGAAUUGCAGAAUCAUGAGGAAGUUAUUGAUUCGGCUGGUGGUAGUUUGAGUGCUGUUUAUGGGGAUGUUUCAUCCCUAAAUAGUGACAUCUACAUCGAAACAUCACCUGGACCAUCAACAGCGCCAUCUCUGACAGCUGCCAGAGUACGACGUCGUCCAAUUAAAAAUGUUCCAGAUACAAAUGUCACCAGUCACCAUACAAAUAUUGCUAUUCAGGGCGUAGGGAAUGGAGAACACAUUGAGGUGCCAAUGGGGACACCUGGUGGUGGUGGUGGUAAACCGAGGCGUUGGGAACAGAAACAAGUACAGAUUAAGACGAUGGAUGGUGAAUUUAGUGUGACAAUGUGGGCAUCUGGUGCAUCGGAUACAGAUGAAGAUUCAACACCGGAACCAGAUCCUGACUAUACGGAAUAUAUGACAGGAAAGAAGAUAUGUAGUGCCCAAGAAUGUGUUCCUGGUCUCGAUCUCUCUGAUCCCAAGCAAUUGGCUGAAUUUGCCCGACCAGGACAUAAGCUCAAAUUCAAAAAAUCCACCCAAAACACCCAGGAUUCCACUGACCGUACAAUUGCGUGUCCACAUAAAGGGUGCAACAAGAUGUUUCGAGAUAAUAGCGCCAUGCGAAAACACCUUCAUACUCAUGGUCCACGUGUUCAUGUUUGUGCAGAAUGUGGAAAGGCAUUUGUAGAGAGCAGUAAACUGAAGCGCCAUCAAUUGGUACAUACAGGUGAAAAGCCUUUUCAGUGCACCUUCGAUGGAUGUGGAAAAAGAUUUUCUCUCGAUUUCAAUUUAAGGACACACGUAAGGAUUCACACAGGUGAUCGACCCUAUGUCUGUCCAUUUGAUGGAUGCAACAAGAAAUUUGCCCAAUCAACAAAUCUCAAAUCUCACAUAUUGACACAUGCAAAAGCCAAACGCAAUACAGUAUCCAGUAGCCGGAACAACGUUGUAGUAACACCACCGGGCUAUGUUAAACUGGAAAUGCCGGCAAUUGAGACAAAUUCACAGUAUAUUGUUUACACGGAUUGAGUGUGUCAACAACAAACAAAAACAAAAACAAACAAACAAAAAAGAAAGAAAAAAACAAAAAAGAUAAAAAUAAAACAAAACAAAAAGUGGAAGUACGGCAAAGGCUGUGUUACAACAAAAAAAAAAAGAAAAACAAAACAUUUUUAAAUACGCCACAAAAUCCGGAAAAUUAUUGAAAAAAAAAAACAAAAAAUAUAGUCUGAUUGCUUUGAAUUGUCAAAGCA